GUUGUUGCCGAUGCAAUCCUUGAAACGUGAUGAAACCUCUGGAUUCCGAGUCAGCUUUCAUACGUUCCUGUGACGGUAAUGCCACUUGUUAGCCGUGCGCGUUAGAACCCUGGUAUGGUACGGUGGCCCUGCUAUUCGCCUAAUGCUCACCAUUGAUGGAACCUGGAUGGCACUCAGCAGUGUCCGCCGUGCAGUUUCGAGGCCGUACGCGCCGGCGCUUGAAGCAAUGUGGCCUGACACAGUAACUGAUCAUGAUGAUGCGCAGGCCGACGGUGAGUUCGGAAGACAUUGAUGUUCUCUUGCAAUUUAUAAAGUCCAAUUAUAUACCAUAAUGCACAGCCCUCUUUCUAUCGCAGUCAUGUCUCUGGCCUUGGCCUCCGCGGCAUACGCGCACCCCUUCAAGCGCGCUUUCGGAUCCUUCCUUGACAACUUCCCAAGGAUCCCUGUCCCAAAGAUCCCUGAAAGUACCACGUCAGCCACGACCACGACCUCCUUUCAGGCUGCCCCGCCCCGCCAGACCGUCAUGAUCAACACUGACUGGAAGUACGACAACGGCAGCACGUCCGUCACGAACCUUACCUGCGGCACGCAGUUCGAGGCGACGGGGAACACGACCUACAGAUCCCUCCUCCAAUACCCGUACGCAGCCGGCUUCUCGAACGUCACGAGCGGCGAAUCCACCGUUUGCGGCGCGUGUUACGUCCUGGAGUGGGCGGGCAACUACGUGGGCGUGCAGAUUAUUGAUGGCGCGGAGGAGUAUGGGGGCACGGAGACGUUCACCCUUUCUGGGGAGGCGUACGACUGGUUGCUCUUGAACGAGACGACGUCGCCGGUGGUCACUGGGACUAUUGUGGAUGGUCCUUUCGCGUGCCCCGAGCACCAAAAGUUCGUGGCGAUAAACCCGUGAUGAACACGGUCGGCCUACGCAAGAGUUUUGGGCGACCUUGCCAUAGACGGAGAUGAACAUGAUAACGGACAAAUGGACAUUUGCACUGAUAUUUAUGCCCAACUCUUUUACUGUCAUUACGCCGGAACCACGAUGCACGAUGCUUACACCUUUUCGCUCUGAA